GGUAAGGGAGCGAGUGUGCGAGAGCGAGAAAGUGAGGGAUAGACACAAGACUCUGGACACCAGUUAUCUCUUUCAUAUCCAAGACGGAGGACUAAAGACCAUUACUCACCAUGAAGCUGAAGCUGCCCAACCCGGGUCUGGAGAAGAGGAUCCCAUCCCAUGAGGACCUGGACAGGAUGGAGGUGGAGGAGGUGGACAGCAGACCCAAGUGGGACAACAAAACCCAGUACAUGCUCACCUGCGUGGGGUUCUGUGUCGGGCUCGGAAACGUCUGGCGCUUCCCCUACCUGUGCCAGAGCCAUGGAGGAGGUGCUUUCAUGAUCCCCUUCCUCAUCCUGCUGGUUCUGGAGGGCAUCCCUCUGCUGCACCUGGAGUUCGCCAUCGGCCAGAGGCUCAGGAGUGGCAGCGUGGGUGUGUGGGGGUCCAUCAGUCCAUACCUCAUUGGAAUGGGUAUUGCAUCUAUGUUGGUCUCCUUCGUGGUGGGCAUGUAUUACAACACCAUCAUGGCCUGGGUCAUGUGGUACUUCUUCAACUCCUUUCAGGAUCCCCUGCCGUGGAGCCACUGUCCCCUCAAUGAAAACAAAACAGGGUUUGUAUCAGAGUGUGCUCAAAGCUCCUCUGUGGACUAUUUCUGGUACAGAGAGACCCUGAACGCAACAGCCACCAUUGAGCAGUCUGGGGGUAUGCAGUGGUGGAUGAUCCUGUCACUAGUGAGUGCUUGGGUUGUCCUCUACGUCGCAGCAAUCAGAGGCAUUGAGACAACAGGAAAGGCUGUCUACAUUACCUCCACCUUGCCAUACAUUGUUCUCACUAUCUUCCUGAUAAGAGGAUUGACUCUCAAAGGAUCUCUGAAUGGCAUAAAGUUCCUGUUUACUCCAGAUGUGAACGAGUUGAUUAAUCCGACGACAUGGUUGGACGCGGGAGCUCAGGUGUUGUUUUCCUUCUCGCUGGCCUUUGGCGGUCUCAUUUCCUUCUCCAGCUAUAAUUCUGUCCACAACAACUGUGAGCAGGAUGCGGUGAUAAUCUCCAUAAUCAAUGGGCUCACCUCUGUCUACUCAGCGACGGUCAUCUACUCCAUCAUUGGCUUCAGAGCCACCGAAAAAUUUGAUGAGUGCUUGAAUGGGAACAUAAUGGCACUUAUGAACGCUUUUGAUGUUCCUGAGGGGAAUAUCACCGAGAAUAACUAUGGUGAUAUGCUGAAUUAUUUCAAUUUCACCUCCCCGGAAAUCAUAUCAGGGCUAAGCCUGAAGAACUGCAACAUGGAGGAUUUUCUAAGCCAGGGUGUGGAGGGCACGGGCCUGGCAUUCAUCGUGUUCACAGAGGCCAUUACGAAGAUGCCGGUGGCCCCAAUAUGGUCUAUCCUGUUCUUUAUCAUGCUCUUCUGCCUCGGGCUGUCCACCAUGUUUGGCAACAUUGAAGGGUGUGUGGUGCCGCUGCAGGAUCUCAACAUCCUCCCACGGACAUGGCCAAAGGAGGUGUUCACAGGCCUGACGUGUUUGGUAUCCUGCCUCAUCGCCCUCAUAUUUACCCAGGGUUCUGGCAGCUACUGGCUGGCUCUGUUUGAUGGCUUCGCCGGCUCCAUCCCCCUCUUGGUCAUUGCCCUGUGCGAGUUAAUUGCCGUGUCUUACAUCUACGGCAUAGACAGGUUUAAUAAGGACAUCGAGUUCAUGAUCGGUCACAAGCCCAACAUCUUCUGGCAAAUUACAUGGAGGUUUCUGAGCCCCCUCAUCAUCCUGGUCAUCCUGGUGUUCUACUUCGUCACCACAGUGUCCAAACAGCUCACCUACAUCGUCUGGGAUCCCGAAUCGGCGGUUUUCCCAAAUCUGGCAGAAGUAAGGUAUCCAGACUGGAUUAGUGCCAUCAUCUUCAUUCUCGCUGGCAUCCCCAGCUUGGCUAUUCCCUUUGCAGCCGUGUUCAAGUUUAUUUGCAAUCGUAACAAGUCGAGUCAGGACACAGAGUCUAUCAGCACGAUAUCUGACAAAGUGCAAAUGACAGUGAAGAUGUCAAACUAAUCAUUGAUGUUCAGUGAGAUGAAGAAAUGUAAAGCUUGGCAGAUCACCUAAAACGUAAAACGUAAUGUGUGUGUCAUAAAAAAGCUAGUUAAAAUUGAACUAUUUAAAUAUACAGUAAUUACUGUCAAAACUCUCUUGAAUACUACAUCCACCACUGGUUUGAAUUUGUUAGCAGUGGCACAGUGCCUUGCAUUAGUAGAAAUUUUGUACAACUGUUUUGUAAAAAGUGUCGACCAAACUGUGUUGAAAACCAUGUCUCCUGCAAUCCUGUGCCAUAAAGCAGCUUGACACUCCUGCAUAAAAUCGCACUUUGUCUACAAAUACACUGAGAUCUAGGGCUGCAACUAACGAUUAUUUUCAGUCAAUUAAUCUGUCAAUUAUUUUCACGAUGAAUCGUGUUUCCC